AUGCCGCCAGAACAGGACAGAAGAAAAGGGAAGGAGAGGCCUCAGAAGGGCGAGGUGACGCAGGCGCCACGGGGAGGCUUCAAGCGCCGCGCACGUUUCGUUUCUUUCCCGCGCUCGUCCCUUCCUAGCAACACAGACGUCGCGAAAAUGAAGCCUCGGCGGCCAGGAAAGCGGUCUUGCCAACGUGGCCUAGAGAUUUCCUUCGAUCCAAAGAAGCAACGCGAGUUCAUCGACGGAUUCGCAAAGAGGAAGGCCCAGCGGCGGCAGGCAGCUGCUGAGCAAGCCGCGCAGAGAGAGAAGGAGGAGCGGCGGCGUCUGAAGCGCGAGAAACAAGAACUCAUGAUGAAGCACCUCGCCGAUCUCGACGAAGCGAGGAAAAAUGCCGCGCUCGCGCACGCGCGAGCCCCCCUGCGGAGAAAAGGCAAGUCGCUCUCAGAGAAAGAGAAUGUCCAGCGGUGGAUUAGACGCACUCGUGUAUCUUACCGCCUCUCGUGCACACGAAGAGACUGGCGCCGGAGGCACUCGCGCGCCCUCGCGCGCGAGGAUUCACUCAUCGAGAGUGAACUUUCUUCCUCCUGCGCUGCAGAGCACGAGCCUGCACCGACCUCCCGGGAAGAGAAGCGGAAAAAAGGAGACAAAAACGAAACUUCAAAGAGAAAAAAGAGGACAGAGCGCGAAGGCGACGCGCGCGAGUCCGCGCGCCCGGCAAGGAAAGCCAAAUUUGAAAAAAAGGGGCGCGAUGCGCUCGCUGAAGGCGGCGAAGGCGGCGAAGGCGGCAUCGAGCGAGAGGCCUCCUCGCGGAAGGCAGACGCCGCAGCUUCGCAAAAGCGUUUCCAGAGCGUCGUAGAGUUCCUCCCGAGUGCGUCGCCGGACGCUUCGGUGGCAGAUUGUGAACGCUCGCCGUCCUCGCGAGAGGCGCACGACGCGAGCCUCGCGCCGUGGCUGUUGGGAAGCGUCGUGACCACGUCGAUCGGCGCGUUUCUCGACUCCUUCGAGGCAACGCGCGAAGGGACGGCUGCCGGAGAUGCUGCGGCUUCAGCGGCGAGUGCGGGCGGAGAGCUCGCGCGCGUCCAGCCCCGCAGCACGACCGCGGAGGCCUCGGCGGCGCACGGCGCUGCAGGCCCUCCUGCCUGCGGCCGCGCCUUGGAGAAGAAAGCCGGGCGCCGAGCGGCGAAGGCAGACGCGAAGACCGCCAGCGCAAAGAAAGCUAAGAAAAAGGGAAAGUCGCGCACGCAGACCAAGCGCGGCAAAGGCAAGCGGGGCAAGAGACCCAAGAAAGGUCGCGGGCGGGCUUAA